AGCAAAAGGGUCGUUUUUCUAUCGGAAACGCACGCAAAACACAGUCGUGAAAGACCUUUUUUACGGCACUAUGAACGCAUCUGCGCGAGACGUGUGUCACGAAUAGCCGGCUGGACUUCCUUCGUACCGUUUUGGGGGGCCGUUGUAUUCAUUCAGAGUUUUAAAAAAAAAUAAUAAUUACAAUUACAAAUAGUGUGCAAGAGUAAAAAUGCCGACAGAGUUAAAACAGAGGAAGAAGUCCCAAACCGCGAGCGUCAAAGAUGAGACGCCGAAGGACAAGACGGAAGCUGGAAGCGACGCAGGAGCAAAUAAAACGCCUUCGAGUUGGGACGUUAGAGGUGUAAUGUGCGUGUUGUCGCUUGCAGCGUGCGCAGCUCUCAGCUGGGUGGUGCUGCAACAGAAUGAGAGGUUUUCCGAAAUUGAUGAAAAGUACAAAUCGUUACACGGAAAGACUUCGAGUUUCUUCGACAUGGAGGAAGAAGUCCUGAAGGUUUCAGAAAAGCUCGCCGCCUCCGAAGACGACCUCCGGGAGGCGCUCUCCACCGUCUCCUUGGCGACGCGACUCCAGCAGGACAUCGCCACCCUCCACGCCGCGGUCACGGCGAUGCAGGCCGACGAGAACUCCGCCUCUCGCGACCUGCAGGCGGUCAACGCCCACUUCCUGAACGUGACGGAGACGUGGCAGGGGCGCCUGUCCGCCAUCGCCUCCGACCUGACCGCCCUGAAGGCCGAGUCUCGGGAAGCCCACGCCGGAGCCACGGGCCGGGUGAACGAGGCCGAGCAGAGGGGCCGGUCGCUGGCGGAGCGACUGGAGGAGCUGGAGGACAGCACCAGGAGGAACGCCCGAGCCCUGGAGCGCACGGAGGGAGACGACACCCGGCGGUCGCAGGACCACCUGGACUGGAACACCAAGCACAUCCACAAGCUGGAGGAGCAGAUCGGCGGCCUGACCAAGAGGGAGGCUGAGCUGAGGUCCCAGCUGCGGGAGCACGUUCCCCGGGCGCAGCAGUGCGAGGAGCACCUGCCCCAGGUGGAGGAGGCGGUGCGCUCCAUCCUGAGGCUGGCGGGCGACCUGAGCGGGGCGGAGAAGCGCCUGGAGGAGGUGACGUUGCAGGUGUUCGGCACCGAGGACAGCAUGCUGAAAGCCCUCAACGAAAUCCUCGAGAUCCGACGGGAGCUGGACACCCUGCAGGCUCAAAACAGCAUCCUCAAGAUGAAGAACGAGUUGUCCGUGGUCAAAGAGGCGGUCCGCGAACUCACCAUGGUGCUGCGGGGAAAUGCGGACGACAGCCAGAAGGACUCUGACACUCUGGAGGACGAAGGAUGGGAGGAGGAUGAGGAGGAGGAGGAGGAGGAGUGGGGAAAAGAGCAGACCACUAAACUUCUCCACGAUGACCUCACUGAAUGAUGGCAUUGUUUUGAUCCAAUAAGGAGGAGUCAAUACUCAGAGUUCAGUAUUAAUGUGUAUCUUAGUGCAGCAUUGCAUAAAUGUGCUCUGGUAUUCAUGCGCUGUAUUGUACAAUCAAGAAUAUUUAUUUUCCUAUUUGUUCAAUGUGGAGUGACAUUUAAGGUUUCUUUAGUAAUGUAUCAAAAAAUGCCCAAUUAUGUGAAAAUAUUUAUCUUUUCCAUUUGAUUGAUUUGGUGUUUUUCCAUCUUAUAUAGUUUAAACGUAAUCUUUUUAGGUUUAUAGGACUGUUGUUUGGGGGGAAACUAAAAUAUUCAAAAUUCCUAAUUGAUGUCUUUAAUUUUGUACAGUGAAUAUUUUUUGUAGAUGUGCAAUACAUCUUAAUGUUUUUGAUGACUUAUUACAUUUCCAUCUGAUUUUGGUUUCAUCUGUUUUAAAAAGCAUGGCACUCAUUUCACCCCUUUGAACUUAAUCAAUAAAAGCACCUCUUUUUUUUUAACCGA